CCACCUCAUCAGCCCAACUCCACUCCACCUGCUUAUCCAGCUGCCUCAGAUCACUAAUCAAGCCACUAUGUAAACUCCUGCUUAACUCACACUCUUUGGCCAGGUCUUUAUUGCAUUCAUGCCUUACUUCAGUGUUACCUUUUGGACUGAUUUCCUGUUGCCGACCCUGCCUGUCUUGGACUUACUUUCUCUGUCAAAACCCUGGCACCUUCACGUGAUAAAUGUAUAUGUGAGGUGACUUCAGAAAAGCCAUUUCCUCACGACAAACUCAGCAGAGUGGCAGGCAAUGCAUCAGAAUGCAACAGCACCAUUAACGCACAGAUGACUCAGGAGCUGGAGAGUCUGCUGCUGGGUUUGGAGCAUCGUCUGCCCCAGCUGCAGGAAGAUGUGUCAGUGCUGGAGAGGGAGGAUGAUGGAGAGCUCUAUGCAGUUCUCAGCCUGUUUGUGAUCGAGAAUGAACUGAGGGAGAUCAACCAGCUCAUCGACAAGCUCAACAGCACCACCCUGGACCGACAGCAUCUAACUACUAACACCACUAAAAAGAUGGAGAAUCUGAGGGCAGAGAUGAAGGAGCUGGUGACGUAUGACACCAUGAAGGUGAUAGAGACACAACAAGACAACGAGCGUCUGAAGUCAGAGCUGAGCGAUUGCAAGACUGGCCCCACCACCCAACCCACUCAACCUCCACAUGGUAACUGCCCCCAUGGUCAAUUUUACAACAUCACAGCAACGAGGGUGUACACAGAAGGAGAGUACCCAGGAUCCUAUGCGUAUGGAGCCUGGGGUCGGGAUCCUAAACCAGAGGCGGGCAAAGAGGACUGGUAUUGGAUGGUAAUCUUGACCUCUAGCAACAUAUACGCCCACUACGUCCGUCUCUAUUCCAGCCUGAGCUCUCUCAUUGCUGGUGUGAGCACACCAGGUAAUUUUGAGAUCAGUGCAUCUAACCCAACCACCAACACCAUCCAGGGUCCAAAUGCUGUAAUGUACGGAGGGGCGUUGUACUACAAUUGUUACAACCAAGAUGCUGUUUGUCGAUUCAACCUUACCGACAAAACGGUUACAACCUUACAACUACCUAAAGGCACCAGGUAUAACUCAAAGGGUAAUUUCUGCCACCUUGAACAAUGCUACCCAUACACCGACCUGGACCUAGCCACAGAUGAGUCAGGUGUCUGGGUGAUCUAUACAACUCUACAAGACUUUGGCAACUUGGUGCUUUCCAAAGUGGAGGGGAAUGAAACGAUGAGGCUCGGCCAAACCUGGAAAACCUCUGUCUACAAGCAGGCGGUGACCAACACCUUCAUGGCCUGUGGCGUGCUCUAUGCAACACGGUACAUAAACAAAGACGUGGAGGAGAUCUUCUAUUCCUUUGACACCUUGACAGGGGAGGAGAAUUUCAAAAUUGGUGUCUACAUGAACAAGAUGACUGCGAACAUUUAUUCCCUGAACUACAGCCCUGUGGACCAGAUGCUGCAUGUAUACAGUGACUCUCGCAUGGUCUCCUAUAAGGUUUUGUUUAGGUAAAGGGAUAAUGCUGACAGCAUUUCCCAUAAAUGUCUAUUUUGAAAUAUCUACAGGAGUAGUAACCAACGUGUAAAAAUAAAGGUUGCUCCAAAAUAAAGGCAAGCAAAAAGUAUUUGGGUGUUGUGAAAUGACUUGUUCUACACAUGAUAUGCAUGGUAAAUUUACAAUAUGAUGUCAAAGCAUACUACAAUUAUUUUCAAAUGUAUACAUUUUCCUAAUCAAAAAGUGCCUUAGCAUUCUACCAAAAAUUCCAACAGGGGGCGCUGACGGUGGUUGCAGUAGCAUUGGGUCCUAUCUAUCCCAAUACAAAAUCAGUCAAUUUCUCACUUGAUUUAUUAUCUCAGAAAAAUGUUUUAGGACAACACCAUGGUCUCGGCCGCUAGUAAAAAAUCUUUAAGACAAUUUGAUGUUAAUUGUGUAAAUAAUGGUCCAAUUUAGAAUAAAAAAGCAGAUAAAGAAUCAUAUGAUUUGGGGCGUGGCUACCUUUGAUUGACAGGUGGCUAACAAGGCGAGCUGUCAUCAGGAGGAAGAAAAAGCAAUGCGUAUCCACGGCAACGAGUCAAUAAAGUUUUUUGUUUUUUUUAAAAGGACGUUUACCGGUUUGGUGUCAUAACUUUGAUCCUUUCACACUGUAUUUUCACAUAACAUCCCAGUUAAUGCUACAGUAAAUGCUAACAUUAAUUAGCAGCAACUACGUUUAGUCAGGUUGCUGGUGUAGAGAGGCGUGUAGUGCGGUGUUGUCGGCAGCAGUAAGAUCCACCUCUCGCUCAUCCCCAGUUUCCGAAACCAAGAUGGCAACAUACAAAUAGAAAGAUGGCUAAGAGUGUAACGCUGAACUCCAAGUCACAGACUCUACGUCCAUCAUUGACAGUUUAUACAUGCUAUGAUCUGUGCAGCAAUUGCUCACAUUGAGGGGUGGCAAAUAAUAUGUAUCUCAAAAAUACGGGAAGGAAAUUGGGCAACUGAGCAAACUGAAGUGAAAGCUGUGCAAUAUACUGAAAACAUGACCAAAAAUGAUGAGGCACCUGACUCCACAAAAUGCGGACAUAAAGUCUUUAAUUCUUACUUGUUACUUGAUCAGUACAUGGACAGAGACAUCUUAAUGUUUAUAUUCAUUUGUAUAUAAUAUAUUUAAACUUUAGCUUACACAUCUGAAAGACAGCAAAGUAGGUUAGAGUCCUUCUACUGUUGUGAAUAGAAACAAGCUCAUAGGGAAGACUCCCACAAUAUGAAACAACCAAAUGAAAAAAAAAGAACUUAUUGCUCAAUACAAAUCAGUCAUGAUGGCAGUAUGAAGAAGAAGAAUAUUAGUAGUACACAUAAACCAAUAUCAUUAUACCAAGAUAAGGUUAUAUCCUAUUGUUGCCUAUAAAAAAGAGAAACUCCGAAGGAAGAGGAACAGAAAUAUGUUGAAAUGUUCUUCACAAUACAGUAGUGUUAGAGUGUUCAGUUCGGUUAACCUGCUCUAUAAAUAAAAAGUAUCUACAAGUGCAAGGAGGACCAAGGUCUAUACGAACUGAUCUAAUGUCAGCUUACAGGAGCGUUGACGUUCACAAAUCGCUACUAAACUUCACUG